AGGCGAAAGUUUCCGCAGCUGCUGGUUCUCGCGUGUCGUGUGUGUCGUGUUUGUCGUGUUUAUGCCCGGUCACCGCUGCACUAUCACCGGCUUCCGUCCUGACAGCGAGUCCGCGGUGUUGUGCUGUCAAAUAGCGGCUCAAGCGUGUGUCGUGUGAGGCUGAAGUCCGCGUCGCUCGGUCUCGUCGCAGCUGACCAGCACCAGAAGUUUGAUCCCACUCGGAGGAGAGGAGACGAGGAGACGAGGAACUAUGACCAACAGGGAGGACGAGUACGACUAUCUCUUCAAAGUGGUGCUGAUUGGUGAUUCAGGUGUAGGGAAGAGUAACCUCCUGUCACGCUUCACCCGCAAUGAGUUCAACCUGGAGAGCAAGAGCACCAUCGGAGUGGAGUUUGCCACGCGCAGCAUCCAGGUAGAGGGCAAGACCAUCAAGGCGCAGAUCUGGGACACAGCCGGACAGGAGCGAUACCGUGCUAUCACUUCUGCGUACUACCGCGGUGCAGUUGGAGCUCUCUUGGUUUAUGACAUCGCCAAGCACCUGACCUAUGAGAAUGCUGAGCGCUGGCUGAAGGAGCUGCAGGACCACGCAGACAGCAACAUUGUCAUCAUGCUCGUUGGGAACAAAAGUGAUCUACGCCACCUGAGGGCGGUGCCUACAGACGAGGCCAAGGCCUUUUCAGAGAAGCAUGGCUUGUCUUUCCUGGAGACGUCAGCGUUGGACUCUUCCAACGUGGAACUGGCUUUCCAAACGAUCCUCACAGCCAUCUACAACAUCGUGUCACAGAGGCAGAUGUCCGGGCGGAGCGACUCGGACUUCUCGCCCGCCUCCAACGUGGUGCCCAUCACGGUCGAGCCCACCCAGACCUCACCCGGCAAGGGCGUGUGCUGCCAGUCCAACUGAGACCGAGUCACUGGGCCCGCCUCCUUCACCCUCCAGGCACACGGAGGACACGGCCAGACAGACAGAUGGACAGACAGGUUGACAUAACCAUUUCACUGGAGGGGGGGGGGACACUUGUCUUGUAACCAGGUUGAUUUGUCUGCCGUUCUGAUAAAGAGAAGGAGGGAGAUGAUUGUGUGGUGAGGGACGUAGACGCAACGUCACAAUUGUUUUACAAUCUAAUGACAUUUACCACUUUUUAAAAUCACCUUUUUUUUGUUUGUUUGUUUUUGUAUCUCAUCGCCACAUUAUUAUUUUUUUUUAAAUCUUUGCAAAGCGUUCCUGUUCAGGAGAGAGCUCUGCUGCUACUGUUACUCCCUGUGUUUCUGAAAAUGUAGUAAUAUUUAGAUUAAUUUCCCUUAUGAUAUUUAUUGAACACUAGAUUAUGGUCUCGUUUGGCCAAAAGGGUUUGUAAUUUUACACUCUUCCUCUCAUUUUCCUGCAUUUCCUUUCAUAGCAAAGUUAGCUCUCAUAGUUGUUUCAGUGUCUCUCUCUCUCUCUCUCUCUCUCUCUCUCUCUCUCUUUGGCCGCUUAAUGAUUACAGGUGGUUGCUUUAAGCCGCUGUUUCCCACGCCCUGCGUGUUUUACACGUUUCCUGCUCUCGUCUGCGUCUGCGUCUGCGUCUGCAGAGCUCGCCGAUGAUCAGCUGUGAUGCAGCAGAGAAACGUCUGAAACAUGCAGAGAAACUCGUGCUUCACACGUUUCUGGCUCCUGAGAAACACGGCGUUCAGUCAGAUUCCACCCGGGCAGUGACAGUGACACAGUGACAGUGACACAGUAACAGUGA